AUGUGGCUACAGUGGCUGGGGCCGCUGUUCCGACCCACAGAUUCACCGCAUCUUACUAAAACUACGACUUUCUCUUCUGAUGUCCAGAUGCUUUGGCCUCUUGAACGUCCAUGCUUAAUUACCAGCACUUCGUCGUCUUGCUGCCAGGGCCGCCCACCGAUGCUCUGGGCAAGCAGUGCCUGGCCCCGCCCAGGCUUACUGGUCGCCAUCAGCUGUUCGUGUGCCCUGAUGAGUGGAGGGCGCCCGAUGGCGCCAGGUGACGCAACCCCUGUGCCAAAAGGACGUCCACGUCUCACGCAAGUCUUCGAUGUCGACAUGUCCUUAUUCCAGAACUUCGCGCAUGUUGAGACACAGCCCGACCAGUGGAGCACGGAAGACGUAUGGGCCGUGGACAUGAACGACGUGUCGACGCUCUCGGAGUCAGCCGUGUCGUUUCCCAGCAAGGCCUACGGGGGCCCGCUGCAUCUGAAUCUGACCCUCCUCGAAACGGUGACGUCCGCAAGCAGUAGCAGCAUGGCGAUCGGGGCUGCCGUGGUCUUCGUGGGCGUGCUCCUGAUCUCGAAUCGCGUGUCUCAUCGCGUGCAAGGUACAGCAGAGUUCAGUGAACCAGCAGUCCGAUAA